ACAACAUGAAAACAGCAAAAUUUAAAUGGACAAAGAAAACAAAGUAAUAUUGUUGCAUCCCUAACAUUUCUGUGUUGGUGGGAUGAGCAGAGUGAUUUGACCCAGUCCACACAAUCAUCACGAUGGCUCUCACCAACACCACUAUAACAUCAUGGAAACUGCAGGAGAUAGUGGCUCAUUCCAGCAAUGUGUCUUCACUGGUGUUGGGGAAAUCCUCUGGUCGUCUACUGGCCACAGGCGGGGAGGACUGCAGAGUCAAUAUCUGGGCUGUCAGCAAACCAAACUGCAUCAUGAGUCUGACGGGCCACACCAGUGCUGUGGGAUGCAUCCAGUUCAACAGUUCUGAAGAGCGUGUGGUGGCUGGUUCUCUGUCAGGUUCUCUUCGGCUUUGGGAUUUGGAGGCUGCUAAAAUUCUACGCACGUUGAUGGGGCACAAGGCCAGCAUCAGCAGUCUAGACUUUCACCCCAUGGGAGAAUACCUGGCAUCUGGCUCUGUGGACAGCAAUAUUAAGUUGUGGGAUGUGAGAAGGAAAGGAUGUGUGUUCAGAUAUAAGGGUCACACUCAGGCUGUGCGCUGUCUAGCAUUCAGUCCUGAUGGGAAAUGGCUUGCUUCAGCCAGUGAUGACAGUACAGUAAAGCUAUGGGAUCUUAUAGCAGGCAAGAUGAUCACUGAAUUCACAUCACACACAUCAGCGGUUAAUGUUGUGCAGUUCCACCCCAAUGAAUACCUGCUUGCCUCUGGGAGUGCAGAUCGGACGGUUAAGCUGUGGGACCUGGAGAAAUUUAACAUGAUUGGCUCAUCGGAGGGUGAAACUGGAGUUGUGAGAAGUGUUUUAUUUAACCCUGAUGGUAGCUGCUUGUACAGUGGCUCAGAGAACACACUACGGGUGUACGGCUGGGAGCCUGACCGCUGCUUUGAUGUAGUGCAUGUAGGCUGGGGCAAAGUGUCUGACCUGGCCAUCAGCAACAACCAAAUGAUCGCAGUAUCCUACAGUCACACUAAUGUGAGCUGGUAUGUUGUGGAUCUCAACCGAGUGAAGAAGUCUGGAUCUGUGAUUCAAGGGUUGAUUCAGGACAAACCUAUUCCAGCACCUUCGUCUGCACUGGGAACAACACUUCGGCGGAAUUAUGAGCGGCCCACUACAUCCUGCACUGGACAAGAGAUGAAGCAGAGUUCAGAAGCUGAUCGGCGCAGUCCAGAAGGAGAGCGGAGAAGUCCCAGCAGUGAGGAUGAGAAAGAAGACAAAGAGAGCAGCGCAGAAAUCACCAACCCUGAAGAUUAUAAAGAGAUCUUUCAGCCCCGCAGUGUCAUCUCACGAACACCACCUAAAACAACAGAACCCUUUCCAGCACCUCUAGAGCAUUCUUUCUCAGAGAGUGUGCUAGAGAAACCCGGUCCAGUAGUUAAGAUUGUAACUCCAGUAAUAGACAGGGCAGGACAGUUGAAAGGUCCCAUUACAUCCUCUACUCCAGUACAAAGAGUGGAACCAACAGUGAUCGCCGCUGCUCCCCGUCCAGUAGCAGUGGUAACCACAUCAGCGAGCUCUCCAUCUCGACCUGUGGUUAAUACCACUAAACCCAAACCCUCCACAGGAAUCAUCCUCUCAACACGCAACGAGCCAAUUGGACUCAAUGCAGGAGACUUCCUUUCUCAUGCACGAAAUGCUAAAGCCAGCGCAAUGGGAGAUGAAGAGGCCUUAGCACAGAUCAGGAAAGGGCACGACACCAUGUGCGUAAUGCUGAGCAGUCGAUCUAAAAACCUGGACAGUGUCCGCUCCGUCUGGGCCAGUGGUGAUGUAAAGACGUCCCUGGACUCAGCAGUGUCUAUGAAUGAUCUUUCUAUUGUGGUGGACGUCCUCAACAUAAUCAACCUUAAGCCGUCACUGUGGAAACUGGACCUCUGCACGUCCAUCCUGCCACAGAUUGAGGAGUUGCUUCAGAGCAGAUAUGAAAGGU